CCUUUUUUCUUGACAUUUAGCUUAUCUUAAACGCAUGGUAAGCAGGUAAGGGGGCGUUUUUUUGUGCCCUCAUGUGCUUAAAUCAACUGAUCAAUAACAAGCAUCAUAUCACAGCUACAAGACAAACCAUCAAAACUGGCAUGGGAACAAGGAAUAUGGUCACCCACUUUCUUGGGCAUUAGGUAUGGAGUCUGAUCCAAGUCAUCCUAAUGGGGUGAGUUCUUUUUCAAAACUACAUACAUUUUAGUGGAACUGAUCGGACCCAUCACUGCUCACUCCGUUCCUUUUCCACCAUUAUAUAAGGACUCCCAUCCUACAUUUGUUAUUCCAGAGCAACCCCCACUCUCUCACACACAAAAUGGCGGGUGUCGGAGUUGUGUGCGUAGUCUUCUUGGUCCUGUGUGCUGUAAUGCCAAGUUUGGCGACUGAUUAUACCGUGGGUGACUCGACCGGUUGGACAAUGGGCUCUGAUUACAGCACUUGGACUAGCGGGAAGACCUUCGUCGUUGGCGACACUCUUGUAUUCAAUUAUGGAGGGGGACAUACUGUGGACGAGGUGAGUGCAAGUGAUUAUAGCACUUGCACAGUUGGGAAUGCUAUUACUUCAGAUAGCACAGGCGCCACCACAAUUUCUCUCAAAAAAGCAGGCACGCAUUACUUCAUAUGUGGGGUAAUUGGACAUUGUGGUAGCGGGAUGAAGCUUGCUGUCACGGUGGAAUCAGGAAAAACCACUGCACCGCCUACCUCGUCGUCCGCAACACCAUCUUCCGGUGACGCCACCACUUCACCUGUGACGCCCACUGCCACUACCACUACCACACCCUCAUCUACUGUUGCUCAUUCAUCUGCAGGGAACGCUUUUUCUCCAUUUGUAGCUGUAGUAAUCACUUGGCUUGCUUUGUUUUUGUUGGUUUUGUCAUGAUUGAGGUUGGUGAUGGUGCCUUUUCAGGCCAGGACGGAGGCAGUGCUCCCUUUCUAUUCUCUAUCUCUCUUUUUCUCUUUCAUACAUGGGAGAGAUGCUUGUAUUGAGAUUUUUCUAUUGUGAUGAAUGAGUAGGUUGUUUGUGAUAUAAUCUUCCUCGAUUUGUGGUUUAAAUGAACCAGCGUCCCUGCUCCAGAGAUGUUAGAGCUUUUA